AUGAAACGACAGAUCUCAACGUUUGAGGAUAACUCCAAUGUACAACAUGACGACAAUGAAAGUCUUGCUGCAACUUCCUUUGUGACUGGAACUUCGGUUGUUGGUAGCGAUGAUUCCGACGAAGGAGUUCCCGCAAAACACAUAACCAUCCAAGGGCAAAACGCCGUCAGAUUUUCAAAGGUGCUCGUCUUCUUUGUCCUCUUCUUGGCGGCGGCAGCUGUCGCUACUGUCACAUACAUUCUCAUCAUCAAUGAAGAAAAGACGGAGUUCAAAAGUCAGUUUUCAGGUGCCGCAUCUGAGAUCGUCACUGUUGCACGAAAGAACGCAGACCAAAUAUUCGCCACAAUGAAUGCAUUGUCAGUCAGCAUUGCAUCUUCUGCAGCGGCCACAAACUCUUCCUGGCCAUUUGUUCGAGUUCCAAACUGGUCAUUGACAAUUGAAUCUCUUUCCACGCUGAUCGGCGGCGAGGCACCAAUCAUUGCCUUCUCGCCAAUCGUCGAAGAGUCCCAGCGAGGUAUGUGGUCUGCAUACUCGAUGAAGGAAGCAGGAAACUGGUAUGCCGAAUCAAUCAGUAAUCAGAAGAAAAACUAUUCAGUGGAAUUACUGAUGAAUGGAACUUUACCUUUCAUUCACUACUACGACGUUCAAAACAACUUCAUGCCCACACCGGUCAGGGGUCUUGCAACGACAUUACCAGCGUGGGAACAGUAUCCCCUUAUCACUGGGCAUCGCAACACGAUGUACACGAACUAUGAUAUGCUACAGUUCCCGCAGGUGGCAACGCUAUUCGACAUCACUAAUGCUACUCGAAGACCAUCCAUGGACUUCAAUACCGAUCUUCGGGAGGCCGCGAACUCGAUUAUGCAACCCAUUUUCGAAGGCGUCGACUCAAAGUCUAAGGACUCGAAGAUGGUGGGAGUGGUUUGGCUGACCAUGAAGUGGCUCGACUACUUCCAGAACCUUCUCGUCGAAGGUGUCGAUGGAAUAAUAGUUGUCCUCCGAAGCAGCUGCUCGAGGGUCAGAUACGAAUCUGUGAAUGCGUCGACUCAGGAACCAUCUGAAACUGUCGUUUCCUAUCUGAUCAAUGGCCCCAACGCUGAGUAUCUUGGCGAGUUUGAUGCUCAUGACUCUCAGUACGAUGCUCUGGAAGUCACCAAAGUAUUAGUGGACCUAGACGUGGACGAAUCCAAGAUCCCAGAUGGCAACUGUAUCCCCAAGUUGACACUGCAUCUUUACCCUACAGAAGAAUUUGAAUCGAGAUACCUAUCCGAUAAGUCUCUCUACUACACCAUCGCUGUGGUCUCGAUAUUUGCCUUUACCAGUAUGGUGUUCAUUCUCUAUGACUUCUUUGUUGGACGGCGACAAAGAACUGUCAUGGAUCGCAUCAUCAAGCAAGACAAGAUUGUUUCGGACGUCUUUCCGACAGCCAUUCGAGAGCGACUCUACGAUGCACAAAAGCAAAGGCCUGCUCAAGACGAUCUAAUGGAUCCCCUGGACUUUGAAGGACAAACGAACGACAUGACUGAAGCGCCUCUCGCUGACUUGUUCCCAAACACUACUGUAAUGUUCGCGGACAUUGCUGGCUUCACCGCAUGGUCUUCCGCCAGGGAGCCUUCGCAGGUCUUCAUCCUACUAGAGACCAUAUACGGAGCCUUCGACAAGCUGGCAUAUCGAUAUGGCGUGUUCAAGGUAGAGACGGUGGGCGAUUGCUACGUUGCGGUAGGGGGUCUGCCGGAACCCGACAAAGAUCACAUGGUUGCUGUCGCCCGUUUUGCUAGAGGAUGUAUGAAGAAGAUGAAAGAAGUGACAGCCAAAUUGGAGAUGAGGCUGGGUCCAGACACAUCCGACUUGAACCUGAGAAUCGGUAUGCACAGUGGGCAGGUGACUGCUGGCGUCUUGAGAGGUGAACGAAGUCGAUUCCAGCUUUUUGGUGACACAAUGAACACGGCCUCUCGAAUGGAGAGCAGUGGGAGUCCAAAGCAAAUUCAAAUGUCGCAAACAACCGCAAAUCUGUUGAUUGAGGCUGGUUGGUCUCGAUUAAUCCGCCCAAGAAACCACAAGAUCCAUGUCAAGGGAAAAGGAGAGAUGCAAACGUAUUGGUUGCUUAACAGCAACGACGAUUCCAGCGAAAAGAACAUCUCUUCUGAAGCUUCGGACACUGUAGAUACAGAGCACUCUGCCAACCUAGACGAAGAUGUUGACAUAGGCAUUGCGGAAACUACAAAGCAAGAACGCCUUGUCGAGUGGACUGUUGAAAUUAUGGGUUCUCUUUUGCAACAGGUGAUGUCUUCCAGAAGCAAUGGAUACAAAGACCCCGGAUCUGUUGCACUGAAGGAACAAACGAUUGGAAGUGAUAAGACUGUACUCGACGAAUUCGUCCCAAUCAUCACAUUGAAGAGAUUCGGUUCCGAAGAGCUGCAGGAAAGGAAACAAGGCAGCCCGCAAUCUAGUAUUGGAGAGAAUGCAACGUCGCAACUUAGAGACUACAUCUCGAACGUGGCUUCCAUGUAUCGCGAAAAUCCAUUUCACAACUUUGAACAUGCAACACAUGUGACCGCUAGUGUCAAGAAACUACUCAUGCGCAUUGUCGAUACAGACAAAAGGAAUGCUCUGCUGCGACCGAAAGAAGAACAAAGCAGCAUGGAGCUCAUGGAUCUAGCAGGUCACUCGUAUGGUAUCACGUCGGAUCCCUUGACGCAGUUUGCGGUUGUUUUCUCUGCCAUUAUCCAUGACCUCGACCAUCCAGGCGUCCCCAAUACUCAGCUUCUCAAGGAGGAUACAAGAACCGCAAAGCUCUAUCAAAAGUCCAUCGCAGAACAGAACAGUGUUGAUCUCGCUUGGGAGAUACUCAUGGGACCCGAAUACGAGGAUCUACGAGCAUGCAUCUAUGAAAGCGAAGAAGAGCUCUGUCGAUUCCGACAGCUGGUCGUCAACACUGUCUUAGCGACUGAUAUUGUUGAUAAAGGGUUGCAAGCACUACGAAAGGCCCGAUGGGAGACGGCCUUUGCUGAGACAGAUCUUGCUGCAGCUGGCGAGGACGGUAUCGAGAGCGAAGAUCGCAAGGCAACCAUUGUAAUCGAGCACUUGAUUCAGGCUUCAGAUGUAUCCCAUACGAUGCAGCAUUGGCAUAUCUACAAGCAAUGGAACGAGAAGUUCUUCAUGGAAUGCUAUGGAGCCUUCAGGUCGGGUCGAGCUGAUGUGGAUCCAAGUACGAAUUGGUACAAGGGGGAGAUUGGUUUUUUCGACUUUUACGUGAUUCCUUUGGCGAAGAAGCUACAUAGCUGUGGUGUGUUUGGGGUAUCUUCUCAGGAAUAUUUGAACUAUGCACUGGCCAAUCGCGAUGAAUGGGUUCGCGAGGGCGAGAAGCUCGUUGACGACUAUCUGGAAAAGUAUGAAAGUAUAGCAAAACGAUGA